AAAAUUCGAAAGAGACCCUCAAAUUUCUUGAACACACAAAUGUCUUCUCUUUUCUUCUCCAGCAUUCGUAGGCCUCUCUCUGUUGCUCUCAGAAGAUUCACUCUCUGCAGAUUUUCUUCCACUGUUACUUAUGCUACAGAGGAAGAAAAAUCAAGAUUCAUUCACCCCUCUUCAGUUGUUCAUCCAAAUGCCAUUUUGGGUGAGGGUGUUUCAAUUGGUCCCUUCUGUACCAUUGGGCCUUUCGCGAAGUUAGGGAGGGCUUGUCAACUGUACCCAGGAAGCCACAUCUUUGGAAAUACUGAACUAGGGGACAAUUGCAUCCUGAUGACUGGUGCUGUAAUUGGAGAUGAUCUUCCUGGUCAUACAGUCGUCGGGAGAAACAAUGUUUUUGGGCAUCAUGCUGUAAUUGGUAUCAAGUGCCAGGACAUGAAAUAUAAGUUUGGGAAUGAGUGUUAUCUCGAGAUUGGUGACAACAAUGAAAUCAGGGAACAUGUAUCCAUCCAUCGAUCUUCAACUCCAAGUGAUAAAACCGUUAUUGGUGAUAAUAAUCUUAUUAUGGGCUCUUGCCAUAUAGCUCAUGACUGCAAAGUGGGCAACAAUAAUAUUUUGGCGAACAGUACACUUCUUGCAGGUCAUGUUGUGGUGGAGGACUAUGCUCACACUGCUGGAGGUGUUGUAGUUCAUCAAUUUUGCCGUAUUGGUUCGUAUUCUUUCAUUGGUGGUGGUUCAGUGGUUUCUCAAGAUGUUCCAAAGUACAUAAUUGUCUCAGGGGAAAGAGCUGAGCUUCGUGGUUUGAAUCUUGAAGGCUUAAGACGUCAUGAAUUCUCUGCUAUGGAGAUUAAGAGCCUGAGAGCAGCUUAUAGAAAGAUAUUUAUGCCCACUGAUACGAGCUCCCGGAAUAUUGAAGAUCGACUAUCCCAAGUGGAGCAUCAUGAAGACCUGAGUCUAUUUCCAGCUGUCAAUUCCAUGGUUCAGUCAAUACGUGAUUCUUUUGCUGAAAAACGCCGUGGAAUUUGCAAAUUUAGAAGCUGGAGUGGGCCUUAGCAUCUGUUCUUCUACUCACCGAGGGUCUAUCAGAAACAAGUCAAACAACCUCUCUACCCACAGUAGGGGAAAGGUCUGCGUACAUCUUACCGUCUCCAGUCCUCACUUUUGUGGGAUUACACACUUGGCAAUGUUGUUGUAUUAUCUAAACUCAUUGGAUAUGUUGCGAAAAAUUCAUUACUGUUUUUGCAGUUAAGAAUACUGAGUUUCACCUCUAUCAUGGUCUUCUGAUCUCAAUACCCUGACAAAGUGAAAACAAACAACGAUAUCCUGCCCGUCUUAUGGAAGUCUUAGUAGAGUGAACGUUGCUGCACUAGGACCGUUCAUAUUCAUGCUUUAAGCUCGUCAUGGUAGAGUAACGAACUGAGAAGAAGUUCCAGAUUGAAUGGACUAAAAUGAAGUUCAUCAUCUCAUAGUACUUUGUAUAUCUCAACACUGCAUUUUUUCCAGAAUCUCGUGGUUGAUAGUAGUAGUUCGUUGACCUGUUCUUCCUCUCCGCGGACAACUGUUGUAUCCCUUGCUCUAUGUCGUGGUGAUUUCGACAACAAAAACUUCUAAUUGAUUCGAGCAGCCAUAUCGCGUGGUCAUCGCCUUGUAAUUAUAUGUAGAGAGAGCAACAUUUGCUACAAAUACCUUUCUCAGUUACUCUGUACCUGUAAUUCUUCACUAAAGGUUAUGAGUUUAGAUUCUUGUGAUGAGUACUCUCGUCAUUCUGUUUUAAUUUGUUUGUCUAGUUUUGAGUUGAUACAGAGUAAGAAAGUAAAGUAGAUUUUUGAAUCUCGUGAUCUUGAACUAAUAGAUACAUUGAAUGUAUUAGUAUGUCUUUUAAUA